AGUUCAGUGUUUCAAGAAAUCGCGAGUUGUUAAGUACUUUGGCUUGCGCUCCUUUGGGUUGCAUUAGUGCAAAUCGCUCAUGCAAUAAAUAUAGGAGUGCGACCCUAAUUUGCAUUAACUUUAGGAAAUUAGUGAUUCUUAUUUUGUUCCAUUUAUUAGAAUUUAAAUUGAAUUUCUUAAUCAAGUUAUACAGUAAAGAGUCUUUAGUGCGAUACGGACACUCUCUUUAUUUCCUUUAGUGAAAAGUCCUAUCUAGAGAGAGACUGUGUCUUGUGAGAAAGAAUAGUUUCUAAUAAGGAUGGAUGAAUUUAGUCUCAUGAAAGCACAAAUAUUAGCAUCAAUAAACGGCCACAAUAGUUGUAUUCAUCGUCGUGCUUCAAAGAACAAUGUGUCCUCGAUUGAACCGACGGUUCUUAUGGAAAAUGGAACAACAAAGAUGAUGAAUAAUAACAAAUGCAUCGAGGAAAAGUCAGAUACAAAGGCUGAGACUGUAAACAAAGAUUGCAGUAAUCACCAAAUAUCAGUGAAUGAGUACAAAAAAUUGCGGAAACUUCUAUGUUAUGACGACGCGCCAAAAUACCUGCAAUUUAACUCCUACAUUCGCAAUGGCUACAGAAAUUUACUUCCAACAAAAUUAUGCCUUGAAAGUAUUUUUUGGUGGACAAACGAAACGAUAAAUAUUUGGAGUCAUAUAUUUGGAUGGUUUUUAUUUCUCGGACUGAGCUUUGUGGACAUUACUUUCCUCAAUAUUCACGCGACCAGCCAUGACAAAAUUGUGGUUUGCGCUCUCCUCAUUUGCUUCCAAAUGUGCAUGAUCCUCUCUUCUGUCUACCAUACAUUUUCUUGUCGUUCAGAAAAGGACUACGACUGCUUCCUAGCCUAUGACCUCUUUGGUAUUGCCUUGUCACUAUUUGCUAUCUACAUCAGUGGCAUUUACUAUGCCUUCUGGUGCCAUGAUAAAUUAAGGAAUUUUUAUAUAUUUACCGUUGGAGCAAUUUUUAUUGCUGCGUUAAUUCUCCAAAUACCGAAACUGAAGGUGCAUUCAAAUGUAAAGAUGAUUAUGUUUGUCGCUUGGGCUGCCUACGGAGUAAUUCCGACGAUUCAUUGGACCAUUGAGAUGGGUGGUUUUGAGAAUGCGAUGGUUCGACUUCUUAUUCCACGUGUUAUUGGAAUGUACAUAAUUGUCGGCUUGGCUUUCCUCAUCUACAUCACUCGCAUACCAGAACGAUGGUUCACCGGGAAGGUGGACUAUUUGGGUCAUUCUCACAACUUGUGGCAUAUCCUAGUUGUGUGCGCUCUCUACUAUUGGCACAACACAGGAAUGAUGUACGCUAUACAUAUGAUUGAAAACGGAUGUUUGGAAGAUAGAAUAAAAUGCUAUCAGAAUCCUUCAGACGUAACUCUUUCUUCAUAAAGCUUCUAUAUCUUAUUUCAUAGUAUGAUUUACGUUGAAUUUAGGAUGAACCAUGGAUGUGCGACGAAUUUAAAAAUAUUUUGAUACAGAAUAAAAUGGUUUAUAAAA